UCUAUACAGAUCUCUGUUUAUACCAUAGAAUAAUACAUUGAACGAUUCUGCUUGCUCUCACUGGAUCUCAUCACUUGCAGCCAAAUAAUUGCAGAAAAUUAAUUGUUCAGAUCUACCCAGCCUACCAUGUCAGAACCGGGUUCUGGCUGUGGUGUUCCAGCCCAGAGAAGCUCACAGCGGGGUCCAGAGAUGCUGUCAGUGAAGCUGGAGGACUGCAGUCAAACACUCGAACUCAAUGUGAUUGUGAAAGAGGAGGAGGAGGAGAGAGAAAUCAAGGAAGAGGACGAAGAAAACUGUGACUCAGGAGAGAGCUCCAACCCAGGCUCAGACAGCAAGUCCAGUCCCACAGCAUCAGGAAAUCAUAAACAAUGCAGACAGAAGCCCCAACCCUGCUGUAGCGACAGUUUUAUUUGUCCAACUCACCUCAAAUCAAACAAACAGACUCCCAAAAGAAGAAAGAGAUGCCCCUGCUCCCAAUGUGGGAAGAGUUUCAAUCGGACAGGAGACCUAAAGCGUCAUCAGAGAUCACACAGUAAAAAUAAGCCUUACCACUGCGCUCGAUGUGGGGAGGGAUUCACUCAGCUAGGAAGUCUAAAAAGUCAUCAGAGAAUACAUACAGGGGAGAAGCCUUACCACUGCUCCCAGUGUGGGAAGAGCUUUAAUCGUUCAGGAAACCUUACAGAACAUCAAAGAGUACAUACAGGGGAGAAGCCUCACCACUGCACCCAAUGUGGGAAGUGUUUCAGUCGGGCAGGAAUUCUAAAGAGUCAUAAGAGAACUCACACAGGAGAGAAACCUUUCCACUGCUCUGCUUGUGGGAAGAGUUUUACAAGGGAAGUAAGCCUAAAGAAUCAUCAAAGAGUACACACCGGAGAGAAACCUUUCCUCUGCUCCACAUGUGGGAGGGGUUUCAGUGAGAAAGUAAACCUUAAUAGACACGAGAGAGUACAUAGUGAAGAGAAGCCUUACCACUGCACCACAUGUGGGAAGAGCUUUAAUCACUCAGGAAGCCUUAAGGAACACCAGAGAAUACAUACAGGGGAGAAACCUUACCACUGCACUCAGUGUGGAAAGAAUUUUCGUUUUGCUGGAGAUCUAAAGAAUCAUCAGAGAUCACACAGUAAGGAGAAGCCUUACCACUGCUCUCUUUGUGGGAAGAGUUUCAAUCAACCAGGAAACCUAAAGAGUCAUCAGCGAAUACACAUAGAAGUGAAGCCUACUUGUACUCUCAAUGUGAUUGUCAAAGAGGAGGAUGGUGAGAGUGAAAUCAAUAAGGUAAAGAGAGAAGUUGAAGAAAAUAAUGGUGUAGUUGACCCAGGUACAUCAAGACUACCUGGUCGAGGGAGUUACCCCUGCCCUCAAUGUGGGAAGAAUUUUAGUUCCUCAAGUAAUCUAAAGAAUCAUCAAAGAGUACACACAGGAGAGAAACCUUUCCACUGCUCAGCAUGUGGGAAGCGUUUCCGUGAGAAAGCACACCUUAAGAGACAUGAGAUAGUGCAUAGUGGAGAGAAGCCUUACCACUGCUUCCAAUGUGGGAAGAGUUUCCGUGAGGCAGAUACCCUACAGAAACACCAGAGAAUUCACACAGGAAAGAAGCCUCACCACUGCUCUCUUUGUGGGAAGAGCUUUAAUCAUUCAGGAAGUCUUAAGGAACAUCAAAGAAUACAUAGUGGGGAGAAGCCUUACCACUGCACCCAAUGUGGGAAGAGCUUCAAUCAUUCAGGAACCUUUAAGAAACAUCGGCAAAGACACAUUGGAGAGAAACCUACCUGUAAUUUCAAUGUGAUUGUCAAAGAGGAGGAGGGUGACGAUACUCUCAAUGUGAUUGUCAAAGAGGAAGAUGGUGACUGUACUCUUAAUGUGAUUGUCAAAGAGGAGGAGGGUGAGAGGGAAAUCGAUGAGAAGGAAAAGAGAGAAGUUGAGGAAGAGGAGGACAAUAGUGGUGUAGUUGACCCAGGUACAUCAAGACUACCUGGUCGUGGUCGUUACCCCUGCCCUCAAUGUGGGAAGAAUUUUAGUUCCUCAAGUAAUCUAAAGAAUCAUCAAAGAGUACACACAGGAGAGAAACCUUUCCACUGCUCAGCAUGUGGGAAGAGUUUCAGUGAGAAAGCAAACCUUAAGAGACAUGAGAUAGUACAUGAGAAGGAAAAGAGAGAAGUUGAGGAAGAGGGGGAAAAUAAUGGUGUAGUUGACCCAGAUUCAUCAAGACUACCUGGACGUGGGAUUUACCCCUGUCCUCAAUGUGGGAAGAAUUUUAGUUCCCCAAGUAAUCUAAAGAAUCAUCAAAAAGUACACACUGGAGAGAAGCCUUACCACUGCUCCCAAUGUGGGAAGAGUUUCAGUGAGAAAGCAAACCUUAAGAGACACGAGAUAGUGCACAGUGGAGAGAAGCCUUACCACUGCACCCAAUGUGGGAAGAAUUUCCGUGUGGCAGAUACCCUACAGAAACACCAGAGAAUCCACACAGGAGAGAAGCCUAACCACUGCUAUUUUUGUGGGAAGGGCUUUGAUAAUUUAGGAAGCCUUAAGGAACAUCAAAGAAUACACAGUGGAGAGAAGCCUUACCACUGCACCCAAUGUGGGAAGAGCUUCAAUUAUUCAGGAAAUUUUAAGAAACAUCAAAGAAUACAUAUGGGAGAGAAUCCUACUUUUACUCGCAAUGUGAUUGUCAAAGAGGAGGAGGGAGAACAGAUACACAUUAAGGAAGAAGAAGGAGAAGUUGAGGUAGAGGAGAGAGAAGUGAAGGAAGAGGCGACAUAAGCUAACUCCAUAGGAAUGUAAAGGCACGCUGUCCUGUCCUUGCAAUGCUGUGUCAGUACGGGCUUGGGAAGCAACAUUGAGGGCGAUCUCCAUUUUAAAGUAGUCCAUAUCUUCUUCUACUUCUAUGAGUGUAUUGGAAGGUAGCAAAUAAACUGAAGAGGUACACAUCACCACCACCUAUUAUGGUGGAGUGUGUAUAAUCUGAACAGGUUCAAAGCCAUGGUUGGUAAUAUACUGCUACCUGCAGUUAUGGAAUGUUAGCUGAGGAGUAUAAUUCAUUGGGUGACUCCUUCUGCUGAUCUGGAUGGAAUUAUGCGAUCCUUCUUUAACCGAUUGGAAGUCCCACCCAGUUUGACUACUUCAAAAUGGUGAAAGUCCUCAAUGGUGCUGCCCAUGUGAUAUAAAUCUGUAAAGCAUGUAUUUUUAGUGAUCCAAUUGACAUUUUAGUAGAUGCUCUUAUCCAGAGCGAUUUACAAUUAGUGAGUGCAUACAUUUUUCAUACUGGCCCCCCCGUGGGCUGCGUUCCAGGACACAGAUUCAUGCUGGGAGUGAAUACAGGGACUGCCCAUGUGAUAUAAAUUAUAUCUGUAUAUAGGCUGCGUUCCAGGACACAGAUUCAUGCUGGGAGUUAAUCUGACCGGGUGGGGUUGUCGACAAUGCAGCUUUUAAAGGCAAUUUCCGACUGAGCAAACGGCAGCAUAAGAUCCGCGCGAAUGUGGGAACGUUGCCUUUUAAAAGUCGGAUUGAAUCCCGGCUUCAGUCUAGUCAUGGUAAAAACAUUACAUAUUUCUUCCAUUUUAUUUUCUUCCAUUUAGCAGAAGCUUUUAUCCAAAGUGAUUUUCUUCUGGAUGCAUUUCCACAGACGACACAAUAAACAACAAUAUCUAAACACAUUAAAGGGCCAAUCCCAAAGUUGAACCAAUAACAAAGCGACCACCCUUGUUUUGGUAUAAAGCUGAAGGAUGGGCCUGGAGAAAUGUAACCACUCUCACAUUAAUAGUCACAAUUAACCGUCCAUGAUCUCAAGAAUGAUCAUUUUAACCAUGUUUUGGGCUAUACAGUGUGUUUGUUUACAUUUACAAUGUUUCCAAACAUUGGAGGAAAACAAGCUUAUAUUUUGGGUUCUGAUGGGGUGUGACAGUUGAAAUAAUCUCACAAGGCAUUAUAGGUUAAUAGUCUUCAAGAAUCAACAGGGAUAUACAGUAGACUUCAUUUAUAUGUCAAGAAAUUGAUGUUGCAACAGCAGACUGCCCCUUUAAACACCACAGAAUCAUAAAGUAACAUAGAGACAUUUACAUACACCAUUAAAACACUUCCCAGUCACAUAGGCCAGAUAGGCCUCGAGCUUACUUUGUUGUUAAACAACGUCUUUGCUUUACUUUUUAAACUGAUGAGUGAGAUGUGUAAUGGCACAUUUGGAACACUAUUACAUGCUGUACAAGGUCAUUGAGAAGUUCAUCCAGAAUACAACCUGUCCCGCCGCCUUCCUGUUUAAACGAGUAGUACAGCAUCGAAGAAAAAUGCCCUGUGGGCUAUUCUAUUGGGUACAAAAUAAGGCCAUAGAAUCAUCCCACUGGGCAUAGACGUCAGUUCAACGUCUAGUUUUAAUCUAUAUUUGGUUGAGUUUUCAACUAAUGUGAAAUCAACAAAACAUUUCACCAUGUCAUUGGAUUUAGGUCAAAAGUUGAGUGAAAAGAAAUACGAAAUUCCCUUACAUUAAAAACUUUUCUCAAAUCCAAUCAGUUUUCCACGUUGAUUCAACAUCAUCACAUUGAAGAUUUUGGUUGAAAUGAUGUGGAAACCGUUUUUGCCCAGUUUUUGCCCAGUGGGAUUGUGACUUUUUUUUUUUUUUUACUCAGGAGAAGGGCUGGUUUGGAUUGACCUCAACUAAACAAUAUGAGUGUAUUGUUAUGUCAUAAUCUCCCGAGUGGCGCAGUGGUCUAAGGCACUGCAUCGCAGUGCUAGCUGUGCCACUA